AUGUCCCGAUGGCACAAGCCAGAUCGCUCAACGCCCGACAUCUUCGUGGGCCACAGCACGCGAACACCAGCAUGCCUCACGUGCGGUGCCGCUUCCGACCUCGACGAGAUCAUCCGCCAGCAAUCCCACGCGAGCCCCUUGCCAACGCCUCCGCCUGACCAGCCCCAGGGCAAGAUGAGCCUUUGCCCAACCGUGUCCCCCCACCCGGAUCUCCCAGACUGGAACCUGACCCAAAAUCCUCCAUCUACCCCUCGACUCUCAGACCAGGCGAGUUCCGCCCUGGCCUGCAUCGAGGCAAUCCCCGUCCCGAACACAGGACCAGAUUACCCUGUACACGUCAUCCUCGAGACCUAUGCGUUGUCAAACUGCCUGCCUUACGAGACAGUCUCGUAUUGCUGGGCCGGCGAAGAGGGGGACGGCACCCCCGACGGCAUCCGAUCUACGUGGGGAAAGGACCGCUCAAGUUGCCCACAUGGUCGGAUCUACGCUUCUUGCACUCAGGUUGUGGUCUAUCUUGGUCUUGAUGUUGCGCCCGUGUUGCCCGAGGGGAGAUACCUGCGUCGGGCGAAGUUGCGAAAGUUUGGCUCCAAGGAUAUCGAACAAGCGAGCGGUGUUCGAGGCGUGAAAGAGCUGUUGCAGGGGCGGUAUUUCAGCCGCCUGUGGGUGGUCCAAGAGUUGAUACUCUCCCCGCAGGUGGUGAUCCGGAUUGGGGAGGUUGACAUUCAAGCAGACGGGACAACGACCGGAAAUCAAUGGGGAUCUGAGCCGGGAUCCCUCGCUCCCUGA